AUGGCUGAAUUGCACCGAAAAAUAAGCAAUCUCUCAUCGCCGUCCUCAAUAAACAGACUAACACCGUCGAACUCUUCAAAUAUAACAACAAUUCCACCCACGUCGCGAGGACACUUCAAUAGCCAAAUCUUCACGAAUAGCGCUGAAGAGCAGAAAUUCUCGUAUGAUAGCCAUGCCUUUGUGGAUGAAGACGACUCAGAUGAUGGAAUAAAUGAGCAUCCGCCUAUGCUCAGUUCAUACGCCAUGUCCUUGCUUGAACAAAUAACGAACAAAAGCCAUACAAUAGAUCAAAAGCGCGAUUAUGUUGACUACAAGAACGUAUUUGAUGAACACCAGAUCCAGACGAAUGAACCUGCAAGUGAACUAUCGCAGCUCGACACAAGCAGACCUUCCAGCCGUCGAUUUAGUUCUUUCAACUCAAAUGCAAUCCAGCAGCCUUACUCGCUUCUCAAUACAAAGCGCUUUGGCGCGGGGAUAGACAUGGCUGAUACCAGCGCCACUAAAGCUCGCCAGUCGCUUAGAUCGGCACGAUCGCUGUCCAAAUUUGGACUUGGAGCUCCUAAACGCCUUUCUGAAAGUGAGCUCAAUGAGCUUGCUCAUACGCCAAAGCAGCAGAGCAGGUCUCCAACGUUGAAUGCUGCAACACACAAUGACGAGGCGAAACAUACAAUAACUACUAAUAUGUUUACUACGUCCAUGAAGACAAAUACCGCUCCCACACAUUACGAUGCGGAACAUAAUGAAGAGAACUUUGUGAUAGGAAGCAAACACACCUACGUCCAAACGCCCAAGCAUGAAAGAACAAGACCCGUUUCAUCAUGUUCCCCAAGGAUAAAGCGAAAUAAUAAUAGUGAAACUCCUUACAAAUCCACUCUUCAAAUAAAGCAUGCGACCAAAACCACUAAUGACCUAUACACGGAAGUCAAUCAACGCACACCUACCAAAUCACCUAAUAUAGAUCAUUAUGCAACUCCAGAGCAGGGUCGAAAGGUUUUGACUCCACUUUCACAAUCUCGCUGGAAUCAAGAAAAAAACGGCGUUUUCAACUUCCAUGAAAUGAAGGAAAGACUUACUCCGGCAAGGAAUUCGCUUGGAAAUAGUAACGCAAUGGAUGAUCGAGUGAGAGUAUCUCGAAGCAGCAUUUCAGAUGAACACAAGGAAUUGUCUGUAUCAAAAAGAUCAUGGGAAGCAGGCCCAUAUCGGAGCACGAAUCAACCGAAUCGUGCGUAUGAAAUCGAGAAACCAAGCAAUAUCCUUACAAUCAAUAAGCAAGAUUUUGAGUGUCUAGAACAGAUUGGCAAGGGAGGUUCAUCAAGAGUUUACAAGGCCCGUGCUGUCAAUGGGAAACGAGAUUAUGCUAUCAAAGUUGUCACUUUCGAUCAAUUUGAUGAGGGUGCGAUUGCAAGUUUCAAGGGAGAGAUUGAGAUUUUGAAGAAGCUUAGGGAUCAGGAAAGAGUUGUCAAACUAAUAGACCACAGCUUGAAGGAUGGAUCGCUUAUGCUCGUGAUGGAAUGUGGUGAUAUAGAUCUUGCCCAUGUCCUUGCAAAUCGCUCUAAUUUACCCUUUGAUCCAAGUUUUACCCGAUAUCAUGCUGUUGAGAUGGUUAAGUGUGUGAAAGCGGUUCACGAUGCGGGAAUUGUUCACUCGGAUCUAAAACCUGCCAACUUUCUAUUUGUCAAGGGUACACUGAAACUAAUUGACUUUGGAAUCUCCAAUUCGCUCUCUGACCACACAGUCAAUAUUUAUCGUGAGUGCCAAAUCGGUACUCCAAAUUAUAUGGCCCCCGAAACUCUUAUUGAAGUGAAUAAUACUUUGAAAGGAGACAGCCUAAACGGAACAUGGAAGGUUGGCAAACCUGCUGAUAUAUGGUCAUGUGGGUGUAUAAUCUACCAAAUGGUUUACGGCAAGCCACCGUAUGCGAACUAUACUGGCAAUAAACGAAUAUUGGCAAUUACGAAUCCAAAGGUUGAAAUUCAGUAUCCGCGAGUUACUGCAGAUGGAACAAGGGUUAAUGGGCUAGUCAUUGAUACCAUUCAGCGAUGCUUGAAAAGAAACCCAUCUUUGAGGUCCAAUGCAGAUCAGUUACUGGAAACGGAUUUUCUCAAACCCAAGGUAGUUACCCAUAAGUUCAUUGAUGAUUUGGUUCGCAACGCAGUCAAAUAUGGGAACACGCAUCCGAACGUUUCGGAGCACAAGCUUGACAUUCUUGUUGAGGACGUGUGGAAAAAGGUUAACGAAUAUAGUUGA